GGGGCCGGGCGGGGCGUGCUGCGCCUGCGCCGUGGCUCCGGCCUCCGGGAGGGAAGAAAGGAAGGAAGAAGAAAAGAAGAAAAGAAGAAAAGAAGAAAAGAGCGGGGCGGACAACGGACAACAGACAGACGGACGGACGGACGGACGGACUUCCCUGCUGCGGCUUGGGCCGGAGUUGUUCCAUUGGCGGUUGCGUGGCUCCAGUCAUGGUGAGAAAUGUUUCGAAAAGGCAAAAAGCGACACAGCAGUAGCAGUUCCCAAAGCAGUGAAAUCAGCACGAAGAGCAAGUCUGUGGAUUCCAGCCUCGGGGGACUUUCCAGAUCUAGUACCGUGGCAAGCCUAGAUACAGACUCCACCAAAAGCUCAGGGCACAGCAACAGUAAUUCAGAUGCAUGUGCAGAAUUUCGAGUAAAAUAUGUUGGAGCCAUUGAGAAGCUGAAGCUCAGUGAUGGGAAAAAUCUGGAAGGACCACUAGAUCUCAUCAAUUACAUUGAUGUGGCACAGCAAGAUGGAAAGUUGCCUUUUGUUCCUCCAGAAGAGGAGUUUAUUAUGGGAGUGUCCAAGUAUGGUAUUAAAGUAUCAUCAUCAGAUCAGUAUGAUGUUUUGCACAGACAUGCUCUCUAUUUAAUCGUCCGCCUGGUGUGUUAUGAUGAUGGACUUGGAGCAGGGAAAAGUUUACUGGCUCUGAAAACUACAGAUGCCAGCUACGAAGAAUACAGUCUGUGGGUGUAUCAGUGUACCAGUCUGGAACAAGCACAAGCGAUAUGCAAAAUUUUGUCUACUGCCUUUGACUCCGUUUUAACGUCCGAGAAGACUUGAGAAGACUUCUCCAGGAGUGGAAGAGAAAGCUUCGCUUUGAGAGGGCAGCGAGUCAAACCUUGCUGCCCUGAAGAAGAGCAAUUACCCGUGCAGACUUUUAUUUAAGCUCUCUAAAGAGAAAUGCUCCCUCAUUCUAGCUUUUGUAACAGCAGUAUUUCAAUGUUUCAUUUCUUUUGCUAACUUGACUUUACAAAUUGCAAAACUUGCUUCCGAUCCUGCAUGAAGGAUUACAGGAACCCAGUUCAGAUUUGCGAAUAUCAUUUUAGUUGUUUUUGAUUAAAAAAAACUCCUAGAUGGUAACUUUUAUACAGAAAUAAGUUUAUUAGCAAAGUGUUUUGUAUAAAAAUAACUUAAAUGUAUAAUAAACAUUUCUAUUGUCAAUGUAACUUUGUUCUCUAUGCAGUCACAAUUAGGUCAGAUUUGGGUUCAAAGUAGUAGGCUACAACAAUAGGCUUCUCUACAUAAGGCUGGGUGGAGCUAGGAUAAUUUACUGAGUGCUUGCAAAAAAAUAAAGACGGUGACUCAUUUUUCAUUUAA